CAGGAGGCUCUGUCGGUGGUGAGCGACGACCAGUCCCUCUUUGACUCCACGUACGGCGCUGCCACUCACCUCCCCAAGGCAGAUAUGACAGCCUCAGGGAACCCUGACUAUGGCCAGCCACACAAAAUCAACCCUUUGCCCCCUCAGCAGGAGUGGAUUAAUCAGCCCGUACGAGUCAAUGUAAAAAGGGAAUAUGACCACAUGAAUGGAUCAAGGGAGUCCCCCGUAGACUGUAGUGUGAACAAAUGCAACAAACUCGUCGGAGCAGGGACAGAGUCCAACCCAAUGAGUUACAGCACCUACAUGGAUGAGAAGAACGGACCUCCUCCCAACAUGACCACCAAUGAAAGGAGAGUCAUUGUCCCAGCAGAUCCCACCCUAUGGACCCAGGAACACGUGCGCCAGUGGCUGGAAUGGGCUAUAAAGGAAUAUGGAUUAAUGGAGAUUGACACCACCAUCUUCCAGAACAUGGAUGGCAAGGAGCUCUGCAAAAUGAACAAGGAUGACUUCCUCCGAACCACCUCCCUCUACAACACAGAAGUUCUGUUGUCUCACCUCAGUUACCUCAGGGAAAGUAGCUCACUGCUGGUCUACAACACGCCAUCCCACACAGAAGCUUCCUCACGUCUUGCCACCAAAGAAGGUCCUCCUGUUGCAGGGACGCAAACUGUGAAUAAAACAACAGAACAGCAACGGCCCCAGCCAGAUCCCUAUCAAAUCCUGGGGCCCACUAGCAGCCGUCUUGCCAAUCCAGGGAGCGGGCAGAUCCAACUGUGGCAGUUCCUCCUUGAGUUGCUGUCGGACAGUUCCAACGCCAGCUGUAUCACGUGGGAGGGGACCAAUGGGGAAUUCAAGAUGACGGACCCUGAUGAAGUGGCACGGCGCUGGGGAGAACGCAAAAGCAAGCCCAACAUGAAUUACGACAAGCUGAGCCGAGCCCUCCGAUACUACUACGAUAAGAACAUUAUGACCAAAGUGCAUGGCAAAAGGUAUGCCUACAAAUUUGACUUCCAUGGCAUUGCCCAGGCUCUUCAGCCUCAUCCCACUGAAUCCUCCAUGUACAAGUAUCCAUCAGAUCUUUCCUACAUGCCGUCUUACCACGCCCAUCAGCAGAAGGUGAACUUUGUACCCCCGCACCCUUCUUCUAUGCCUGUCACAUCAUCCAGUUUCUUUGGAGCAGCCUCACCUUAUUGGACCUCCCCUGCAGGAAGCAUUUAUCCAAACCCCAAUGUCCCUCGCCAUCCCAACGCCCAUGUAUCACCACACUUGGGCAGCUAUUACUAGAUGCCUUCAUCUUCAAGUGGCCUUUAUCAGUCUGGUUGGACUUUUUUCUUUACUUCUGGGAUUUUUAUGGUUUUUUGGGGGGACCCUUCAUGGAUCAUUGUGGCCUUUCUGGGGAAGAAUUAAAACUGGAUAUUGGUUAUUUCUGGAUCAAACCUUUUACUUUUGUAACUUUGCCUCUUGUGUCUUGAACUGAGAGAUGGAUGCUUCUUUGGGCCAGUACUCUGCAUUUUCUUUGGUUUUUAAAGCUUAUGUCCUCUGUAGGAAUUGAUUAUGAAGAUUGUUCACCAUUACCUGGAUUGAUAAUUAGCUGUUUGAUGAGAGAAAUUUUUAAGGAGGAUUCAAAGGCUUUUGACGAGACAUAGAUCCAACUGUGGGUCAUAGGAAAAGAUGACUACACGGGGGUUUUUUCUCGCUGUGAAGAGGUUAGGCAAUUUGACCUUUAAGUGGAGGACAUUGGGCUGCAAGGGACUGCAACUGGAAUCUUAGCUUUAAGGCAGAUGAGAGGAUUUUCACCCAACUGGAAAUUAAAUAUAUAUAUAUAUAUAUAUUCAUAUAUAUAUAUGUACAUGUAUAUUUUAAGAAGUAAAGGGCAUUGAAGGAACUUUUCUAGAGUGUACAACUUCAUUCGACUGUGUAUUAACUCCAGAAACAUCAGAAACCAGAACAAAAAGUAACCUAAUGUCAAGCACAGACAUUCCUUGAAAGCAAAAGUGAAGGAAAAUAAAUGACAGCAGGUCCCUGAGCUCUGCCAGAGUCCCAGGGAUCGCUACAUGCUACCGAUUCGCGAACGCUGUGCGUUUGUCAGACCGUCAUCCAAAGGGUCAACAAAUCAGAAGGCAAAUUACUGUAUAAAUUAUGCAGAGUUAUUUUUCCCUAUAUCUCACAGUUUUAAAAAGAAAGAUUAAAUAAAACGAGUUGACCUCGGUCACAAAUGCAGGUUUGUUUUUUACUAUCAGCUCAGUUGUUUGUGGGUUGGUUUUGGUUUUGUUUUUUGGGUUUUGUUUUUUUUUUUUUAAUGUAAUUUGUACAUCUUUUCAAUCUGUACAUUUGGGCUGUAGCUUUGUACUUUUUGCUAAAAAAAAAAAAUUAACAAGUAAGACAUGAGUAAUGUAUCUGUUGGAAAUAGCCUUGGUCCUGCAAUUGGAUCGAUAAUUGAACCCCAAAGUAGCCAGAAACCUUCCAGAUUUCCCUGGGUUUGUCUAGAGUAGAGUUGUUUCCUUGUAUUAAGCUGCCAUAGUCAUCUGCAAAUUAACUCUACUUAGCUAACAUGUUUGCAUUGAAGCUGAUUGAAAACAUGCACCAGCAUUUUAAAGCCACUAUUUAAAUACUUUCUGAUUGUUUUUUCACCAAAAAUCUUGAACUUUGGAAAGAUCUUUACCACUUCAUAGAGAAAAUUAUCAAAUACUUCUCAUAACAUCUUUUUGUAAACUCUCACUAGGGGUUUUUCCUUUCAAUUUUAAAUAUUUAACAAUUCUCAGCCAUCUCUAAUUUUGCACAUGUUAAUUUGAUGAUCCACAACUGGCGGUUUGGUGCCAUAAACAGAAGGGUAAACCACAAACAUUUGUGUUUUAGAACAGAUGUCUAUAGAGUCUUGACAUGUACAACCUAUUAGCUAACUUGUAUUAACUGGCAACUAAUUAACAGGGUCACAAAUAUCUAGUCUAGACAUAACCUCCGGGACUCUGGGUGGGUGUAAGAUUUGGUCCAUGUGCAUCCGAUUGCAGGAUGAGAGCUUUGAAACCAGAACAUUAUAGUCUGCUCAUAACUUUAAAACAGAAGCACUGAUGCCAUUAUUUAACAAAAUGGAAAAAAAUAAAAAUAUUAAAAAAAAUAAGAUCAAGCUAAUCAAGUUUAGGUCUUAGUGCUUUUGGGAUGUUUAUAAGUAACAUUACUGCAAUAAUCGCAAAAAAAAUUUAAGUAUGAAGAAAUUACCCAUGGAAAUGAGGCUUUUGCUACUAUAUAUAUGCAACGUACUUUUUUGGAUAUUAAAAUAUAUAUAAUAUUGCAAGU